CCUAGACUAAUACAUUAUUAUUUAUGUAAACAUCGAUCCUUGGCUUUCGCGGCCUGUCUGUCAACCAGGAAAAUCUAUUCUAACGUUAAAAAAUCGUCCUGUCAAAAUGGCAUUUCUUUCAGGAUUGAAACAAGUUAAAUAUUCUUUCAUGGAGAGUAUCAAGACUUCAACAAGAAAUUUCAAUAACCAAAGGCAGAACAUUGGUAAAGUUGUAGGUAGGUCUCCUGUAGAAGAUCAGCCAAUUGUCGCCAAGCGAAGAACUUCUAUGCCUGGAGUUUCGGUGGCAACGUGGGUCAAUUUCCGUAGCUUUCAUUGUACUGGUGCGCGUGCUAGUGGUGAAGAAGGAAGCGACGUCGUGAGACUAAAGUCAUGGCCAUUUGAACUCGAAACGCCUUUCGGAAUGCUUUUGGUUAAAGAUUUUCCAUUUCCCACUCGUAUUGUGCCAACUAAUCCUCAUGACUAUCCAGCAGGAGACAGAGUAUUUGUUCAUUUAUUAGCUUCUUCUGUUUCCUCUGACGAGUCUGAUGCUGCAUUGGAUCCUUCUUCUUUUGCAGAAACCAUUUCAAAUAUUUUUUGCUUGUCAAAUGAAGAACAAGGAAUUACAAUUUCUCAUGAUGGUUGCUCAGGCAUGCUGCCACCCCUGGCUUUAGUUAUUGAAGUACCAACGUGUUAUGAUGUAGAUGUGUCAACUAAAGAUGAAGGCCAUAUUUCUGUUGAAAACCUGGAAAAUGAAAUGUGUUACAUAAAUACAAACAAGGGAGACAUCACGCUAAAGAGUAUGAAGUCUGCCCAUGUUAAUGUCGAAUCAACAAGGGGAAAUAUCAGCUGCCUAAAAGCAUUGCAGGGAAGUGGAGUGAUUAAAACUAGAAAUAAUGGGACAGUGAAUGCUGAUAGGAUCCAGGGCCUUGACUUUGAAUUCUCCACCGAGUCAGGAGAUGUUCACAUCAAAGAUAUUUACACUAGGAAAUCUCAGGUGUGCAGUCAUACAGGAUCAGUUCAUAUAAGUAAUAUGCAUACUGACUGCAAGAUAACCACAGGAGGAGAUGUUUUUACUGGUUGUGUACAAGGUUCCAUGUCAGUUAGUCUUCCAGGUCAAGCUACAUUUAAAGGCUAUCUAUCCUGCCAUGAUGAUAUCAAUAUUGAGACUGAUAAAGGAGACAUAGAGAUAAAGUUACCCGAGGAGUGUGUAUCACACAUUGAUCUAAGUGGACAUCAGGUUGAUAUAGAUAGUGCUCUAGUAUUUCUUACUACCCAACCAUCUGAUCAUCAGCAGGUGAUAGGUGAGCUAAAUGGUGGUGGUGUUGAUGCAAAGAUCAUUGCCAAGUCUAAAGAAGGUAGUAUUACUGUGAAGACUCAAUCUUGGUUUGAUUCUUUGGAAUUAGGAACCUGAAAGCAACAGUUAAUAAUCUGUGUUUCUUCUAGAGUGUGUGAUAGAGAUAUCUAUAUCAGGUCUAAAGAGAGCUGUAUAACUUUGAAGAUAUUUAGAAAUAACUCUGGCAUGUCAUGAUUAUGGUUGAAUGUUUUAUACCUUGAAAUGAGUUUACGCCAUUUACUAAGGAGACGGUGGUCUAGUGUCAAAGACUACAGGAUCUAAAGAGCUUGGUAAUUAAUGAUGUGCUUAUAUUAUAAUGAAGGUGGCAAAGUCAAAUAGACAAAAGAAACUAUUACUUACGUAUUUUACUUGGAUGUAGAGACUUAAAGCUUGAAGCUUAUUAGCCUCUCGUCACAUUGGGUUGUCUCUGGUAUGAUAAAUAUUUCAAUGGAUAGAGUUUCCAGUGCUUCUGAAUUGCAGAUAUAAAUGCAUUUAUACUAGUAGCAGAAACUGCUUCCUCUGGCAAAGCAUUCCAGUUAUUAAUGCUUCUAGCUGUAAAAGCAUAUUGCUGUGUCUGUAAUCUACAUCUGCAUUUCCUAAAUUUCAUAAUAUGGCUUUCAUGGUACUUAUAUUGUCAUUGAGAUGGAAAAGACCACUCAGAUCUAUCCGAUGAAUACCUCUUGUGAUUUUGAAGAUUUGGAUUAAUUACUUGAUGCAAGUCCCUCAAAAUUGCAUUUCUUCUUUUUGUCUCCCCUGUACUAAGUUUGGCAGAGACCUAGUGAUCACUUUUUGUCUCACCAAUGGGCCGUUUCAUAAAGCUGUUUGUAUGAUAAGAGCGACUUUAAGAAUGACUGGUGAACCUUUCUUACACACUUAACCAUUGCUAAUGUAUGUACCAUAUUUACCACAUGGAAGGAUCACCAGUCGUUCUUAAAGUCGCUCUUAACUUACAAACAGCUUUAUGAAACACCCACCUGCAUAGCAGAGUGAGACUAAAGGCGCCGCUUUUCAGACAAGACUCACGGUUCAUGAACCAUCUUAUUUCAUAUUUGUAUACCACCAAAGAUUGACCUAAGCUAUAUUUUGUAAAUUGUGUAUAUUUAUUAUGACUUGAAAAGAUCCAAUUUAGUUGGAAAUAUUGAAGUUUUGUUUUAGAAUAAUGGAAAUAUAAUUACAUUGUCUCACCUGCAUAGCAGAGCUAGAAUAUAGGCACCAGCUUUCAGACGACGGAAAGCAGCGACGGCAGCAUCAAAAUUAAAUCUUAAAUGUCAUAACGUUCAAAGUUUAUGGACCCAGCUCAAUAAAACUGGGACAUAAGGGUAAUGGUGUAUCACUGAAAAUCCUGCAUGAGUUUCAGGCCACAUGUCCCAAAUUCAAAAGUCACUUAUCAUAUGAAUGGUGUUUUUUGUGAAUAUUUAUUCAAUAGUUGUUUUCAAAGUCAGCACUGCUGCUACAUUGAAUCACAUAAUGCAGGCGAGACUGCCAGAGGUGUUCCACUUGUAUUUUUAUAAUUUUGUCAUCACUUUGUAAGGCAAAUUGAUAUUAGUGCCUUAUGAAUUCCUGUCUUAUAUUUGUUAAAAAUAUUUGUUUGCAAUUUCUACUCUUUGUGCUAUAAUGUAAAUUGAUUAUUUACAAAAUUUAUAAUUGAUGAUAAUAAUUAUUUGCCUACUUAUGCAUGUUAUAAAUCAAAUCUCUAAUGGUCAUUGGGUACAUCUUGCUCUCAUAAAGGCCUGGUCACACCGCCCGAGCGUUGUUGGAGCGGUCGCGGAGCAGUAGGGAGAGAGGGUCGAAAUUUGCUCACAAAAUUGGGGGGAAAAUCGAAAACAAAAAUCGAAGAAAAAAAACAAUCGAAAAUGGUGAACGGUAGCGAGCGGUGAUGAUUUUUUUUCUCUCCGCUCCACGACCGCUCCAACAAUGCUCGGGCUUUGUGACCAUGCCUAUAGAGAAGAAAUAACAUUGUCACUUCUUGAAAUUGCAGUUUGUCUAAAUUGACUAUUAAUUUCCAUAUACAUAAUACAUCAGCAUAACUGCUAGUGGGUGUAUUUCUAUUUGAUAUGACUCUGUUUUUGAUGGUUUUCUACAAAUAUUUGCAUUCCCAGUGGUGCUAGAAUUUCCAGAUCAUACAAAGGUUUCGAUAAUGGUUCCACCAUUUAAACAUUUAAUUGCUUAGAAAGUUCAAGCACCACUGCAUUCCCAAACCAUUAUGUAUUAAUAAGUGUGUUAAGUCAUGAUUGAAACGAUGGUGUAAUGUAGAGAAAUAUUUUCAUUUCAGAACCAGAUGUAAGAUAUUCCAUGCAUCAAGUUUCCUGUUGAUAAUGGUGGCUUUCUGAAAAUAUAGCUUCUACCAAUGAACAAAGAAAGUAUCAAUACAUCAAAGCUAAGCGUUGUAUCUCAGAGUGUGGGGUUUAAUAGAAGUUAUGCAUCAUUGUAUGCAGUGAUGUUUACAAACCACCAUACAUCUUCAUAUCAUGUGUAUUAUAUGAAUUCAAAAGUAAUAAGAGCUCUAGGUUUGUAUCUGUAAUGAGAAAUGUGUUAUGCAUCAUUGAUGACAUGGUAUUCAGUAGUCAUGUGAUAUCAAUUCAAAUAUCCUACAGUCUUGCAAGAACCUUUUUCUUUUUGCAUGAUCAAAAUCAGUUUUGAAAACAAGUUACAGUAUGUUAUAUUGAAGAACAUGCUAGUUGUAUCAUCACUUCAUAAUUUCUCUUUUUUUUGUAAUUCAUGUUUUAUUCAUCAUUUUCAUCUAUAGUAAGGAUAACAAAGAUCCAUGAUAUAACGGAUCACAUUAUAAGAUUAUUAUGAUGUUGGCAUAUGAAAUGUCUUACAUACAAAUUGAAUAACAUAAGAAGGCAUCCGUUUGUUUACAACAAAACAUAAAAACAAUCAGGCGUUUGGCCAUAAAAGAAAAAAAAAAACAGAACAGCCUCCCUCUUUUAUCGCCUCUUUAUGAUAUUCAAAAUGGUGACCCACUUGCAGACAUGCUCUUCUAAUUUGCAUUUCCUUUGUGCUAUGGUAUGUUCAACAGUUUCAAAUGAUAAAAGAAAGUUACAAAAGUGGGAGAGAGUAGGUUUUGUUUCAUAGCACUGUCAUCUGUAAAUAUAUUGUUUACCUGACAAGAGCAAAAAGUUCAAAAUAAAUACAUUUCUAGGUAUUUGGGGCUUAUAGAGAGAACAUUUCUUUCUGUGAGGAAAUGAGGAGGAUCUAGUGAAGCAAAGAGUAUACCAACAUCAUUCCAAUACAAAACAAUAUAAGUAUUUAUAUCAUAGCACUCUUCACAAUAAUUGUAUCACAGCACUUUACAAAAUGAGUAAAAUCAAAAUUGUGAAAGAGA